CCACUAUUUGGCGCGUAGUAAGGUGGCCGAUCAUCUUGAGUUUCCUCAAGGAAUUGGAUGGGAGGAUGGUAAAAUAUGAAUAAUAGGUACCUAACAUGUAGGCUGAGUUAUCUUUCUGCGUGUGAAGCCUGCGAAGUUGUUGCUAGCGCAGUUUAUUCGCGAUCCUUAUUGCGUUGAUAAAACAGGGCGAGAAUAAUCCUUGGCCAGCUGAAUCAAACCAGCACCUAUGAUAUGCGAACAACUGGCUAGCUUAUUCUACGCAACGAGUUGCGCAUUCACGAAUGCGGCUCAAAUCAGGUACCUGAAGCAAAGAAAAUGAAUCUACGUUAGAUGCCUACCUCCUAAGGUACCUAAUUUAGGCACUUGAGGUAUGCCAUAAAAGCUGCUGUUGAUAAUUGUGCCGAAACUAUGUCGACUUUCCUAGGGACAAUUCUACCCCUGAUUACCUCAGAAGUUUAACUUCUAGUGAAGAUGUCGGUGCGAAACAGCCUGUCCACACAGAAGGUCAAAGUUGCCAAAUUUCAAUUCUGUCAUGAUCUAGAAUGUGCAUUCUCGAGUGACAUUCAUCUCCUAGUUGAGACUUGCGAGACCGAGCUUGCCCCUGAAAAUGCCGUUGCCAUCAGCUACACCUGGGGUGAAUUCUUCCGAGAAAAAAGAGCCGUCGGCCACACCAAGAGUAAUGAUCCGGUAUUGUUUGAACUGGGCAGCGAAUGGGUGCUUCAGGACUUGAUUGUGAAGCUCGCAUGCCUGACCAUGGAGCACCAAGCGUGUUGGAUGGACCAGCUAUGCAUCCCGCAGGAAGAGGAGAUGAUCAGGCUUACGCUAGCUAGUAUUCCAACCAUCUACAGGACGUUGCCUGUCGUGGCCUUAAUGCCUGGGCGGCCAUGCAAGUGUCUGCACCGCGAGCUUGACAAGCUGGAGCGCGCCACCCCAGUAGGAAAUCCUGUACAAGCCAUGCAAGCGGAUAGAGCAUUGAGGUCCUGUUAUAAUAGCUAUGGGAUCAAUUCUUGGUUUAGCAGAAUAUGGACGCGACAGGAACUGAUGUAUUCCAGCACGAUACGAGUGGUGUGGACGUCAGACGAUGAGCCCCCGUGUGUGCCGGUCAGACUGCCUGGCGACGAGGGAGUGGAGGCUGUGAUAAGACAGAGAAACGAUGAAGCCGAUGAACGGGAAAUGGAAGCGGCGUUCCCUCAUUUAUGCCCGUAUCUGCAACAACUGUUCAGAAAAUCUAGGUUCGAAACCGACUCAUAUCGUAAUGCAUUCGCGCGAUGGCAUCAGGCAGCCGGAAGCUUUUUCAAUGCAGCCAGGCUAAGCAUCGGCGAUUACACGGGAUAUGGUGAUUCCUCCGGCAUUGGCGAGGGUCAUCAAGUCCUGAAUUCCCUACGAUUUCUCGCAGGAAUUCCGAUGAGGAAGAUGGACCGCCAGCUAACUGAAUUGGAACGUUUCCUUUCCGAAAUGGGGUCACUGUCAGCCUCACUACGGUCGGCUACUCACGCGCGGGACUAUGUCGCUUCUGUGUGGAUUGAUUGCCCAGGCUAUGUUUUGCCGGUGAAAUAUAAGGCAAUGCAACUGGGAGAUUUGCUGGAAGAUGCAAUAAACCAGCUGGAGCAAAACCGUGGGGUAUCCCCUAUCACGACUGUACCAUCCGGGCUAUUCGAGGCGACCCGCGCAACGGGUUUAUGGAGGCCGUCCAGGUAUCUCAAUUCGACUGCUGUUACCAGCUGUUACGAGAUAUAUGGCCCUUUGGUUCACCCGUUCUCUGCUGUACCCCUACGUAGAGCCGAGUCGAUUUCUUUCAGCGCUCGCCUCCCAACGCCCAUCUCGAACAGGGCUCAGCCGUUUUCUGAAAUAUGCAUAGGCCGGAAAACUGCUGAUGUAUUCGCAUUCACUCGAGGAGUAUUUGAACAAUGUCCAUCACAAACGUUUGACAAAUACCUACACGCACGGCUAAAUAGGAUGGCAGACGAGGAUGUUGACGAGCGACACAUGUUCGAAGGGAUGAUCAUAGAGUGCGUCCUAGCAAAAAGGCCAUUAAGUCCAUACAAGACUCGCAGCUGGGCUCCGUGGUACCCGGAGCUAGAUAUGGCUUCACAUGUAUCUGGAAUGGUGGCUACUUUGAUGGGUUUCAACUACGAAAUCUGCCAAAAACAGCGCAUGGUGCUGGUGGUCGCAGUUGGUGCACCCACGGCAAUAGGUUUUAUGAACAGCCGGUUUUGGAAGUGGAAGAACGACCAUCCAGAGUGUAGUGGGAGAGUUCAUACAAUUAGUCUGGGGAAUAAGGACUCUCAUGCUUCAUCGCCUGGAGACGUCUUGUAUGAAGUGGUCCAGGGAAGUAAUAAAUCUGGGAAAUCGACAUUCAAAGUCGUCGGUGUAUGGUGCCCGAUCCGGCGAGAUGCCGUGGAACGGCUUUUGACAAAAUCCGAGUUCUCAGGAGUAGAGUCUCAUACGUUGGAAAUUGUUUAAAAUACCUUAUACCUUCUAUCAGGUACCUUGUUAAUAUGUACCAUUAUCACUUGUUA